GGUAAGCAAAACCAAAACAGAAGCCUAACUGAACUAACGAACAUUUCGCAUCUUUUUAGAAAACGAAUUAUUCCGGACGAAUUUUCAACAUGACCUCGAGAUCAUCCCUGUAUCGGAAGCGCCGACGCUUUCUUGAUGAGAUUGAUAGACAGGUUCAGGAAGAAAUCGAUGCGGAAGCUUCCGGUUCUGUGCCGGCAUCAACGGACAUGGGCGUUGGUAAGUACAAUCGUUUUUCUAAGUUAGAAUAAUGUUAUUCAUAGUGAAAGUGAAUAUGUAAUAUGUAGCAGUGCUCUAAUAGUGUUGCCCAUUCGGUUGUUCGUUGUUAAAUUACGAGUUCGGCCGCAUUGUACCGGCUCUGAACAGAAUGUUUAGUAUGGUGUUGUGUGUGGGAAUGUGAGGUUUAGUGAUCCCUAGUUAUUGAAUCUCGCUUCGGGAAUCACAGUUGUUUUUGGAGUGAACCCAAUUUCCCCUCUUGUUGCUAAUAAAAAUCUGUAACAAAACGGUUAUAUUCUGUUUGUGCUUGCUGUUAAAUAAUGUGGCAAAGUUGUUGUACGCUCCCUGGAGGACGCGUUAGUUCGGUGUUACGGGUGUGAACAGUGAUUAAAACGGUUUUAAAUCUCGCUUCUAAAACCACAGAGGAUGUUGUCUGAUCCCUGGCCUGGUCUAAAUGAAGGAGAAGACACCUUUAUUACUUAAAUUAUUGUGUUAAACUCACUACAAGUGAGUUUCCGCUACCCUCCGGAAGUUACGAACAAACCGGGAUUGGUUUGUUCUCGGUGUGUUUCUGGUGUUAAGUUUAAUAUGUUCACUUUCCGGGUCGUUAUCCGGGACUCUCCGUGUUAUGAAUUUGCGGUGCAUUUUAUUAUGCAUUUUUUGUUAUGAUUUCUUGCGGUGCACGAAUUUGAUGAUGAUAGUAAUUCGUCUUUAGAAAGCAUGGGUGGUGGUGUAGAAAAUGUAAUUAACACUGAUGAUAUUAACAUAGCUACUAACAUCACUAACACUGAUGAUAUUAACAUAGCUACUAACAUCACUAACGAUUCGAAUAUUAAUAUUGAAGACGAUGAUCCACUUGAAUCUGCUGAUGAUUUUUGGAGGGAUGCUUAUAGCUUUCUCAAUCAGUUUCAAUCGUUGAAAGAAGCUUUGAAAUAUUUAGCGAUUGUAGGCCACCUUUCCCGUAAUUUUCUAAAUUUGCUGCUGGCAAUAUUAAGAAAAUUCGGUCACCCUGAACUUCCCAAAGAUGCACGUACCCUACUAAAAAUUCCAAAAGUAAGCAACGAAAUUCAAAAUUUUACAACAGGACGAUUAUGGUAUCCAGGAAUUAAGGUUGCUCUUAAAAAUCAUUUUAAAGAUACCAUUCCGGAAGUUAAUAAUUUCAGCCUUCAAAUUUCUAUUGAUGGUCUCCCUCUCUUCAGAAGUAGCCUCACCGAGUUUUGGCCAAUUCUUUUCAAAAUAGAUGAACUACCCGUUAGCCCGGUAAUGGUUGCGGGUAUAUAUAGCGGCCAAAGCAAACCGAACAAUUUGGAACAGUUUCUUCGGCCACUCGUGGACGAAUUAAACUCGUUGCAUUCAACAGGGAUGCAGUUUGGUGAUAAGAACGUUACUGUUUGUGUAAAGGCUUUCAUCACCGAUUCGCCAGCACGGGCAAUGAUCAAGUCGGUUUUAGGAUACCAGGGUAGGCACGGAUGCACGAAGUGCACCAUUGUUGGAGAGCGUGUAGAGGCACUUCGUAAGGUAAUUUUUAAUUAUGAAGCUGCACCGCCUCGAACAGAUGCUAGUUUUCGUGCAAGAGACGACAGAGAGCAUCAUAAGCCAAACCGUUCUCCCUUGGAAGAAGUGAACGGUUUGGAUAUGAUAAAAUGUUUUCCGGUUGCUGAUCGGUGCCACCUUAUUGAUUUGGGCGGCACUCGUAAAUUUUUAGUUGGCCUUGAAGAUCAUAAAAUGGCAUCUUUUGAUCGGUGGACUAAUGAUCAAAAAGAAAAUAUUUCUCACUUUUUAAUAAAAACCAAACUUCCUUCUGAAAUACAUAGUCCAUUUCGAGCCCUUAAAACUCUACAAUAUUGGAAAGCAACCGAAUUUAGAUCUUUUGCUCAUUACGUUAGCCCUGUAGUAUACAAUGAUUUCAUGCACCCUGCCGGAUUUAAGCAUUAUUUACUUUAUUUUUGUAGUAUAACUAUUUAUUCAUCUUCGACAUAUCAACAUCUGUUUACUCUUGCACACAGAAUGCUUCACAAAUUUGUUUUAGAGUUCCCUACUUUUUAUGGUCGCACCCAUAUGACUAGUAACAUUCACAAUCUUCUCCACGUGCAUGACGACGUUGAGGCGCUUGGUGAAUUAGAUAAUUUCUCGGCAUACGAUUUUGAAAACUUUUUACAAUUCCUUAAACGGUGUGUUAAAAAAGGCUCCAAAUGUUUAGAACAAGUAGCUGGUAGAUCAAAAUUAUUUGCUUCCAUUAAUGUAGCUGUUAGUCCAAGUAGAAAAGUAUAUCCUUGUGUAACUACGGAUGGUUGUGGGUUGCAUGUAACAGCUAGUUUUGUUUUAAAGCCGGUUUUUAAUGAUCAAUGGAUACUAACAAGAGAAAAUAAUAUAGUGAAAUUUUUAAGAGCCGAACUAACCCAGCAAAAUACUUUCAUCAUCCAUGGUAUUCAGUACAAUAAUAAAGUAGAUUAUUUCGAUGUAAAUACAAUAGACGAUGUUGCUCCUAUACAAUUAAAAUCUAGCGAAAUUAACAUUUACAAAUUGAACUCCUAUACGCCAUCCAGAGUAGUUAGACUAACCAUGCAAUCAAUUAAAUGUAAAUUAGUAGCCGUCAAUCUUCCUCCUCGUCCUCUUGUUAAUUUUAAUGUAGAUGAAUUCUUAGAUCAAACACCCCCUUCUGUUUUAUUUAUUCCUCUGUUACACACUUUUUUGAUUAACUAAUCAUAGUUUAAUAACAUGUAGCUUUAUUUUCUUUUUUAUGGUAUAUUGGUGGUGGUAGCAUUGUAGUGAUGGAAGAAAAAAAUAAAAUCGUUUGCACAUAGGAGACAGUGCGGAAGGCAGCAGGACAAUCUAAGAGGGAUGGAACGAGAAACCCACAAUUAGAGGAAAGCUACACGACGACGUGCGCCUACGCAUGGAAUGAAGCAGUUUUCCACGUUCCGGCUGGGAUCAUAUCAGGUCGAGGAGGGUUUAGUGGGUAAGGCAUCGAUCGUAACUCUUGUAUCGAGUGAUUGCGAUCGAUGAAUCCCACACUACCCUUGGAUGGUUGGUUGGUUUUCGGGUGUCUUUUGAAGAUUUCCCUCCUCGUAAAAAAAAAUUAAAAAAAAAACAAUUUACUAACACAAAAAACAUUUUUACCUGUACUUCAUGUAUCUAAUUCUAUCUUAUUUAACGACAGGGGCAGCGCAGCAGUACAAUGGCAGUGGAUUCAUCUCAUGUAUCGGUCGUCGUUUUAGAUGCUCAACCCCCCUGUAUGGAAGCUGUACACUUUUCAGCUACGUGAUCAUACGAAUUAAGACAAUAUGGCAUUCCAGAAACACCGGAUGCCUAUCUCGCCAACUAAGGAGUAAGAAUGUACGUUUGAAUUUAAAAAAUUUUUGUGUGUGAUAAAUUAAUCUUAUAAAUUUAUCGUAUUUGCAGGAUGCAACAUUGACGCUUCAUGCAACCAGCUUCUUUCCAGCGAUCUUUGCAUGUUUGGAAGAUAGAUAAACGUAUGACGUAAAAAUUAUUCAGCUCUUCGAUCGUCUGUACAGCGUGGAAUGGUUGAUGGUUGGAAUGGUUCGAUGGGAUCAGGUGGAUGUUAUGUGGCUGGCUGAGUUUUGUGGUGUCCGGUGGCUGGCUGAAGUUUGUGGUGUCCGGUGGCAGGCUGAAGUUUGUGGUGUCCGGUGGCUGGCUGAAAUUUGCGGUAUCCUGUGGCUGGUUGAUGUUGGGGUUAUUCGGUGGCUGGCUGAGGUUGGCGAUUUGAACAACUAAUUGUUGGACCAUUGUGGUCAGAUAGUCCACCUUAUUGUUAAGGGCGUCAUUCUGCAUCUUCAGCACCGUUAUAAUUUUCCGCAAGGUCCGAUACUGUUCAGCGGUUUCGGAUGGUGGACGCAAAUUGUUGUUGGUGUCGUUUUCUCGGUUAUUCAUCUAAAAUUAGUUAGUGUAAUGUUAUACACAUUUUAGCAUCAAGCAGUCUUACUGAAAAUAAUUUAAUCUUACCUUUAAUUUGUUGUUGCUUUCAGAUAUAUAUAUAUUUAAUCCAACAAAUUUGCAGCACUUUUGCACUUGAACAUUGAUUGAUUGAAUAAAAAAAAAUUUCAAAUUUCUUUGAAUUUUCAAUUUUGCCAAUUGUUUUGAAAGGCCAGGCGAAAGAAACCAUUUAUUACCACUACAUGCAUACCUACCAACCGUAUCUCACCAAUACAUACAUACCGCUUGACUGUCAAAGCUCACCCACACAAGCGCAAAAGCCCGUAUCUGAAUCCCCUAUUUUUGCCCUAAUUUCAUACAACGAAUCCCCUAUUUUUUAUAUGGGCCGACGCAAGAUGGGACAAAAAUAGGGGAUUGCAUGCGAUUUCAAGCACUUGUUUGCCU